CGAUCUCCUCUUCCUUUCUUGUUUUCUCACAUUUUGUACCCUGAAUCUGAUCCGCAUCCCUGCAACCCCUGCACUUCCCUGCACCAUCUCCUUCAAAAUGUCUGCCGCCGUUUCGUCAUCCACAGCUACAGCAUCACAGGGGCCUGCUAUGCACCGGCACACGACCAUCGCUUCCAGCCCACUUCCGCUGCUCCACCCCUUUUCACACUUCAAGCAACAGCGUCCCCGAUCUGUCCCCACCUCCGCAUCAGAGGAGCGGUCGGAUGACGAGACAUUAAGACCACCCUCCCCUUCUGCUUCUGCCGCUGGCAGGUAUAGUCCACCGCUGCAUGAGAUCCUGAUGGAUCAAGCAGGUGAACCCUACAGCCUUGAACGCUUCGCCAACUUUUUGCAAGCCCAGUUUUGUUACGAGAACCUUGCCUUCUGGCUCGCUUCACGUCAAUACAAGUUCUGUGCCCAAGCAUUAGAGCAAUCGGUUCGGCAGACAAGCCCAGAGUUCAACCUGCACCAAAGCUCACUCCCGUUCUUAACACCGGCACAAACCCGUCUCUUUUCGGACCUUCAAGGCGAUAUGCUGGUCAUCCUCGAGACCUUUAUCCUUCCAGAUAGCCCAUAUGAGCUGAACCUAUCAGAUUCUAUUCGAUCCAGACUGCUCAAGGCGGUUACUGUGGGAGAUUAUAACCCUCAAGUCCUAGGUGAUGCCCGGAAUGCUGUAACAGAUCUCAUGAAGAGCUCCAGCUAUCCUUUGUUUCUCGAGAGUGUCUCAGGCAGAGUCUCACUAUCAACGUCAUCAUCGUCUUCCGCGUCCAUGCUCUCGCAAGACGAUUCUGACCGUGAUCACGCUCCGUGGCGACUCAGGGCCAAAGAAAACCUCAAGCUGGUUUCCAAGGCCCUGAAGAUGCAUGGAUUGUAAAAAGCACAUCCCUACCACUGUACAUAUAAUCUAGAAACCCUUUCCCCUCCAUUGACAUGUAAAAUAUUGUAAAUGUAUCCAAAAAUCCCCCUGGAGCUUUCAUAAAGUUGCACUCGUUUAAGC